AUGUCUACUAUCAAACAUAAAUACCUAACAUUUUAUGAAGGCGAUGACCUUCUAUCAGAAGAUAAAAUUUUAUUCAAUGUUAAAAAACCCAGAACAGAAAUUAUAUUGAUCCCUGAUUCAGACGAUGAUGAUGGACUGCCGUCUCUCAAAACCAAAAUUAACAAAAAGAAUGAUGUUGAGCUUAUCGAGAUACAUGAUGAUACCACGGUUGCAAAUAAUAAUAAUGAUUUCACAUAUAAUAUCAUUAAUAAAGAUCGUUCUCUUAGAAUCAGUAAGAAGGAAAUACUAGCUAAGUUAAAACGAUUGGGGAGAAAACUCAAAACCAAAAAGGUUAUCAAACAUAUCGCCGAUAUAUGUGAACAUAAAGAAAGAUACGAAUAUUAUAACGAUUUCAAAUUCCUAUCCAAAUGGCAACUCAAUAAUACGUUCGCCAGAGUACAACGAAUUAAUCAUUUAGUUCCGGGAUAUUAUGGAAUGAAAGAAUACACGAUAAUGUUGGAAUAUUUGAUGAAAAAAACCACAGAGUGGAAACCAAAAGUAGGACAAAAAUUCAUGGAAGAGGUUAUCAUUCCCGAAUUGG